UGGCUGGGCAGCAUGGGGGAGACCGAGGCGGGCGCGGAUGCCUCUUGCGGGCACGUGUCGGGAGGGCCGGAGGCUGGUCCGGACGCAGACGCGGCGAAGCUGCUUCCCUUCCUGGUGCCGGGCGCGCGCGCGGAUCUGCAGGUCGCCGCUGCGCAGCACGUGCUGGCGCUGACCGGCGCGGGGCCCGGGCGCACGCUGCUGGCCGGGCACGCGGCGCUGCUGCGAGCUCUGGCUGAGCUGGCGGCGGUCCCGGCCCCGGCCCGCGACGCUACUCGCGCGCUGGUGAACUUGACUGCCGACCCCAACCUGCACGAGCCGCUGCUAGCCGCCGACCCUGGUCUGCCUGCCCGCCUGCUUGACCGUGCCUUGGACCCACAGUGGCCCUGGGCAGAGGAGGCGGCUGCCGCACUGGCCAAUCUUAGCCGCGAGUCAGCGCCGUGUGUCGCGCUGAUGGUGGCGCUGGCGGCCGCCGAGCCGGGGCAGUCGGGCCUGGAGCGGCUGGUACGCGCCUUGUGCACGCCAGGCUACAACGCACGCGCACCCCUGCAUUACCUGGGGCCGCUGCUCUCCAACCUCAGUCAGCAGCCUGAGGCGCGUGCUUUCCUUCUGGACCCUGGCAGGUGCGUGGUCCAGCGGCUGCUGCCCCUUACCCAAUACUCAGACUCCUCGGUGCGCAGGGGCGGGGUGAUAGGGACGCUUCGGAAUUGCUGCUUCGAGCACCGACACCACGAGUGGCUGCUCGGGCCUGAGGUCGACAUUCUCCCUUUCUUGCUACUGCCCUUGGCUGGGCCUGAGGAUUUCUCCGAGGAAGAAAUGGACCGGCUGCCUGUUGACCUGCAGUACCUACCGCCAGACAAGCAACGAGAGCCUGAUGCUGACAUUCGAAAGAUGCUCAUUGAGGCCAUUAUGCUGCUGACAGCUACCUCACCUGGCCGGCAGCAGGUGCGGGACCAGGGAGCCUACUUGAUCCUUCGAGAGCUGCACAGUUGGGAACCAGAGCCUGAUGUGCAGGCAGCUUGUGAAAAGCUCAUCCAGGUGCUUAUUGGGGAUGAGCCAGAGAGAGGCAUGGAAAAUCUGCUGGAGGUGCAGGUGCCUGAAGAUGUGGAGCGGAAGCUGCAACAGCUGGACCAAUUGGAGCAGCGAGAGCUGGCCCGAGAACCAAAGGAGGAAGGGGCUGCACCCACCUGAGUCCCCUUUGGCCUGACCACCAGCUUCAGACCCACCUUUCCCAGGCUUCCCACGGGCUUCUCUAAUCUCGUUGCUCAGAGGCUGUGUCCUGCUAUGAAGCAGAGCUAUACUUAGGCUCUAGUCUGUGCUUAGAAUUCUAGGGUACUUCCCAACCCUGUGCUCUGUUGCUACCAACAAGAUUGAAAGUUGCUCAGAGUUGCACCAUUGAGCCAGAGCUGGUCAGGCCCUGUGCCUCAGAUGCUUCUGUGUGGCAGGUGAUGGCCAGUGGAGGCUUGAGGAGCCUGUACCCAGGCACAGUGGUGAGAGUUGGACAGAAAACACUGUAAGCCCUGAGGAACCAGCUGGAGUACUGCAGGGUCUGGGCAAGGGCAGGCUUGGAGGUGGCAGCAGUGCCCCUGCUGUCAGCCCCAUCUCUUGGGAACCCUCCACUUGUAUUGCCUGAGACCUGGCCUCAGAGACCUGACCACACUUGGAAGAACUUUGCCUUCUAGGCCUAUCCUUGGAUCACUGGCUAGGUGCUGCUUCCCCUUCAUGAUCUCCAUUUCCCUGUUCAACCCCAGGGCCCUACCCUCUGCCCCUGCUCAGCUCUUCCAGACCCAGGUUAAACUGUUCUCACCCAGCCUUCUAGGUAGGCCUAUUCCCUGUUCUGCUUCCCUGAGCCUCAGAUGCCUUUCAACACAUCCACUGGUUCUGGUGACUCACACCUGUAAUUCUAGCUACUCAGGAGACAGAGAUAGGAGGAUAUCGGUUCAAGGCCAGCCUAGGGAAAUAGUUCAAGAGACCUA